AUGGCUGAAGAUACUCCUCCAAACCCCCCAAACAUUCCACCUCCUUCGCUGAUGGUGAGGAAAUUCAUGCGCUGGGCUGGGAGCCUAGAAACCGAGGACACCAAAGAGCAUCGCCCCUUCAACGAAAAAUGGUUCUUCUUCUAUGGCACCUUGACGAAUCCGGAGACCUUGAUGCGAGUUCUUGAGCGCUCAGAAAUACCCGAACUUCCCCACGCCAUCAUCUUUGGCCGCGAAAUCUUAUAUUGGGGGCAAUAUCCGGCAGCUGUGCAAGGGGCCGCGGAUCACCCUAUUGAUGGGGUCGUCUGCAAGAUCGAGACCCAAGAAGAACUUGACCAGCUGGAAGCUUAUGAGACCAAAAUGUACCAAGCCGAAGGCUGCACGGCGUGGCUGGAUGAUGACACAGAGAUUCCGGGGUUUCUGUUUGUUUGGGAUGGCGACACAGAGCUUCUGAGCCAGAGUCCCGGCAAGGUUUAA